AUGAUAUAUGAGAUUUAAAGAAAUAAAUAAAUCAAAUUUAAGAAACAUUCAUUUAAUAAUGAAAAAGAGGACUCACCUAAUGUCUAUUCUAGAGGAAAGUAUGCUGUCGGAUUAUACUAAAUUGAUCAAAGAUAAGACUUUAUUAGAAAAUAAGUAGAAGCAAUUCAAUAAGCGGAGGGACUGAGUCUGGAUUUUCUUUUUUAUGAAUGGACAGAUUAACAUAUGAUUACUAUUUCCAUCCUCAUAAAUGUCGAAUAAUGUCCUUGA